GCGAGACCAAGCUGGCCCAUAUCUCUCGUUCAAUAUUUAUCUCUUACUCGGGCCUGUCUCUCUCGUUGUCUCCCCCGGUCUGGAGUAGAGGUUGAACACGCCUUCUGCCUCCGUCUAAUCUAUACGAUCUAUACCGACAACUAUAUAAUCUUAUAUACUACCACUACACCCACCACCAUGCCGUCAGCGAAACCAUCUCUCCCCCCUCUCAGGACCCCCAAGACCAUGACCUUCCCGUCGGAACUCCGCGCCGACACGGGGUCCAGCCUGUCGGACAACGUCAAGCAUGAAGACGGUGGCAUGUCAACCCCGAUCACGCCGCCGGCAGCCUACACCGAGUUCCUGAAGGCCUUCACGCCGAUCUUCUCCAGUCCAUCCAGUGCCAACGUCAACUUCUCCCGUAUGAGCUUUGAUCGGCCCCCGGCCUACUCGCCGACCUCCCAGCCCGCCAGCGCCCUCCCAGGCGUUUCAUUCUCCAGCUGCUCGUCGGCUUCUUCUGCAGCCGACCAGCAUCCGAAGUCCGCCAAGGAGGCAGAAGACGCAGAAGGCGAACGAGGCGGCCGCAACAUGAGCUGCAACGCUUCUUUACCCCCACCGACCCCCUUCACCGCGCCGCCGGUCCCCAAUUAUCACCACCUGCAACUUCCCCCACCGGGCCCCGUCCGACGGGAUCCCCGCAGUUUGCGUAGUCUGCGCAUCCCGCCCGCGCUACGGUACUCGCCUACGACGCCCGUGUCGGCGGCGGACUACUCCUUCUCUCCGCACAGUGCGACGAUGCUGCGGUCGCCUUACUCGCCGGCGGACUGGAAGCUGCGGUACUAUGAGGGACCGCGCAGCGCGACGACCAGCAGCAAGGUCAGCGUGCGGCAUGUGGUGACGCAUACGGUGACGUACAAGCGAACCCAGCUGGAUGCGCCGCCCAAGGGGAAGCGAAGGAAGUGUCACGAUGAUGAUCGUACUGAUCCGGAGGCAGAGACGGAGGGUGUCCCGGAAAGGAAGAAAGGAGUAGAGAAGGAGGCAGAGAAAGAGAAGAAAAAGGCGAAAGAGAAGGAGGAGAAGGACCAGGCGGAUGAGGAGGCGGGAGAGAAGGAGAAGGAGGAGCCAAAAGAGAAGGAGCCGAAAGAGAAGAAGGGAGAGACGAAGGAAGAGAAGGCUACGAACACCGAGACUUAGGAUCUUUCUUUUGUUUGUUUUGUCAUUGGGAGCACUUUUAACUACUUGAUGGAUGGAUGGAUUGGACUGGGUUUGGCAGGGGAAUCACCGGCUGGCUGGUUAGUUGGCAUGGUAUCUGGCGUUGGCAGCACUCUUGAUUUUCUUUUUCUGUGGUUUCUUUGGAAAACACGGGGUCUCUUUUCUCCCUGGUAUCUGGGAUGCGUGGAGGAAGGACUCUCGUUACGACUAUCAUCUGCAAUGAAUAAUGACACUUUUCUUUUUUCUAU